CUAAUUCUGCUUAUUCAAGAACCAAAGUAGUACAAAUAGGGAAUGAAAAGACCCAGUUAGGGCAAGAAAGCACCUAAGUAACCACAAUAUCGUUCCUUACCUAUGGCAAAUUAUCUAAGUUACAUUUUCUAUGCUAUAAUUUCAAGCAUAACAAUUACUACUCCAACCAGCCAGUGCAUUGCUCAAGCAAAGAGUUAUAGCCAUGAACAUCAACAUCAGCUCUUGUUUGUUUUUGGAGACUCACUGUUUGAUCCUGGGAAUAACAUAUUCCUUGAUCCUACUCAACAUAUCCCUUCCUAUUACUACCCUUAUGGAAUGAGCUUGAGAAAUCAUUCAACUGGCAGAUUUUCUGAUGGCCUUGUUGUCCCUGAUUAUAUUGCCUUGUCAGCAAAGUUGCACAUAAUUCCACCAUUUCUUAAACCAAAUUCAAAUUUUGUUGAUGGAGCCAGUUUUGCUUCAGCUGGGGCAGGUGUUCUUGAAAUUCAUGCUAAUGCGAUGAAUCUCAAAAUGCAAGUAACAAACUUGAUGAGAGUGCUCAAGUCAAUGAAACAUAAUUUAGGUAGCAAAGCGGCUAAGAACCUUACAAAAGGAUCAGUUUACAUGUUUAGCUUGGGAGGAGAUGAUUACUUUAACUUUGCAACCAAUUAUCCUAAUGCUACCCAAGCUGAGAUGAAAGGCUUUGUUAAUUUGGUAAUUGGCAAUUUGACAAAAGGCCUAAAGGAUAUACAUGAAGCAGGAGGAAGGAAAUUUGCAUUUCAGAAUGUGGCCCCCAUUGGCUGUCUGCCUAUGAUGAAGCAAACUUUCAACUGUACACCUGAUCAAUGUGCACAAGGACCCCUACAAUUGGCAAGACAACACAACCUUGCCUUGUCCAAAGCCUUGGACAAACUUCAAAGAAACCUUAAAGAUUUUAAAUAUUCAAUUUUUGAUUAUUUCACUGAGAUUGGCAAUAUGAUAGAUAACCCUUCUAAAUAUGGGUUCAAGGUCGGUAAAGUUGCAUGUUGUGGCAGCGGAGCAUAUAGAGCAUCUAAUUGUGGAACUGAACCUUAUGAGUUAUGCAGAAACCCAGAUGAAUAUGUGUUUUUUGAUGGUGGCCAUACCACUCAACAUGCAAAUUUCAGAUUAUCAGAAUUAAUGUGGAGUGGAUCAACAAAUAUCACCUGGCCUUAUAAUGUGCAGCAAUUAUUUGAACUUCCAUGAUUUGACUAAUUUAUGUUGUGAGUCAUCAAAUAAUUUCUCUAAUUAUUUCCUGUAAAUAAAGCAAGGGCAUCAAGUUAGUUCUUGCACUUGAUAAUCUUCUUUCUUUUCUUUUCUUUUUUUUUUUUUUUUUAAAUUUUGUACUUAAUAAUCAUGUACGAUGCUUUAGCCUCAAAAUAAAAUAUUAGCCCCUAAUAACUAUAUAAUAAAUCUCCUAUUCCAAUGUACUUACUAUGUCCUUUUCUUGAAGAAUGUUGCACACGCCUAUCUAGCACGAGGAUAUCUAACUUUCUUCGUGGUUUGGCAUUUAAUAAAAAUAUUGUUUAGAAUUAGCCGCUGGUUCACGGAAUAUAUAUAUAUACCAACUUGGCAUUAAAAUAUAUUCAAGCUGUUAUUAAUUUAUUUUCAAGUCCAUAAUUUCCAAUUUUUUCAUAACCGAAAUUCUUAAAGGGAGGUAGGGUUUGAAUCACUAGUCACCUAAACUACAAAAUACUGUAUUACCCUAAAAAUAUAUGCCCUGAAUUUUAAGUUAGCACUCAAUUAUCUUUACAAUAUAACCAAAAAUAACCAAACUUUAUAACUUGAACUGCUUAUUACUCUAUCUAAGCAAUUUUCUUUCUCCUUUGAAAAUAUCCCAAUUUUAGUUUAG